AUGGAUAAUAUCAUUACAAAUAGUAAUACCAGUGAAGUUGAAAAUAAUAGCAAACUCGAUCUUUUGCAAUCAACAUUCCAAUCAGCACCACAACAACAAAUUCAACAUAAUCAAAAAAAUCAACAACAACAACAACAACAAAAUUUAAAAAAUAUAAAUAAUUAUCAAAAUCAUAAUAAUAAAUUCAAAAGAUGGAAUGGAUAUUCCCCAUCAUUAAAUAAUUUCAAUAAUAAUAAUAUCAAUAAUAAUAAUAAUAAUAGUUUUAAUAAUAAUAUUAGAAAUUAUAGUGAUCAAGAUUUAAAAAAAGAAUUAGAAUUAAGAUCAUUAGAAUUAAUGAAAAAAGAAGAAGAGAUAAUGAAACUUCGUUCAAAAUUAACAACACUUAGUGAACAAUAUACUCAAGAACUUGCAAUAUGUUGUCAUUAUUCUAAUAGCCUUUCCAAUUUAAGAAAAGAAGUAUAUCAAAUGAAAAAUCAAUUUUUGUCUAAAGAAGAACAAUAUAAAAAACAAAUCCAAGAUCUUCAAUAUAAAUUAUACUGCGAAUAUCAACCAAUUGGAAAGCUUAGAAUUUAA